UCCAAAUGCAAAGCGGGAUGCAAAGGCGACUGGUCACAUAAGGCUCUCUGUGCUGUGAUGUCAUCUGCCGGAAGAUGUGAAGUGGCAGACGAUGCAGGUUUGACUUUCUUCCACUGAAAGGCGUUUGACAGCUUGUCGUAAUAAAGGGAAUGGGAGCGAAGCGAUCGCAUUAUACUCAUCUCCAAAAUACCAUAUAAUGCGCCAUCCCUCAAAUAACCGGUUAUAGAGAAAAUGGUGCUCAGUUCAACGACUGGUUCAUAACAUCCUAAUUUUUUCCUUCCAAACAUAACACUGGGAGCAUCGACCGCGCUGGGUUGGCCAUGAAUCCGGCGGAACAAACAGUUACUUGGCUCAUUACCCUCGGGGUUUUGGAAUCGCCCAAAAAGACUAUUUCGGAUCCCGAUGGAUUUCUGCAAUCCUCAUUAAAGGAUGGGGUCGUCUUGUGCAGGUUACUGGAACGGCUGCGUCCAGGCACUGCUGAUAAAAUCUUCCAAGACCCCAAGAACGACAGCGAGUGUUUGAGCAACAUCACACAGUUUCUCAAGGGUUGCGCUGUGUUCCGCGUCGAGCCAUUUGAGGCUGGUGACCUGCUUCAAGCCCACAACUUCAGCAGGGUCCUCAGUACACUGGUUGCCCUCAAUAAAGUGACUGCAGAUAUUGGCAUUGGCAGUGACUCUGUAUGUACGCGUCACUCCUCCGCCCACCGGAUCAAGUCCUUUGAAUCUUUGGCCUCCCAGUCCUCACUGGGCAGAUCUUCUAAAUUACUCCAUAACCAGUUCCGCAGCCUGGACAUGACGGAGAACAGUAACACUCAGUUAGUGGUAAAAGCUCGCUUCAACUUCCAGCAGACCAAUGAGGAUGAGCUUUCUUUCAACAAGGGUGACAUCAUCAAUGUCACUCGCACAGAAGAAGGAGGUUGGUGGGAAGGAACUCUCAGUGGCAGGACAGGCUGGUUUCCAAGCAAUUAUGUCAAAGAGAUCAAAGGGUUUGAUAAACCAGUGUCACCUAAAUCUGGAACUCUUAAAAGCCCACCCAAAGGCUUUGACACCACUGCUAUCAGUAAAACCUACUACAAUUUGGUGCUACAAAACAUUUUAGAAACUGAAACAGAUUAUUCAAAGGACCUCCAGAACCUAUUGUUCAACUACCUGAGACCACUACAGAUGGCAGAGAAACUGAGCUCAACAGACGUCAAUGUCAUCCUCGGGAACCUGGAGGAAAUCAGCACUUUCCAGCAGACUCUGGUCCAAUCACUGGAGGACUGCACCAAACUUCCAGAGCUGCAGCAGAAGAUAGGAGGGUUUUUCAUGAAUCUCAUGCCCCAGAUGAGGUCUCUAUAUGUGUCGUACUGCUCCAACCACCCCUCAGCAGUCAGUAUUCUCACUGAGCACAGUGAGGAACUUGGGGAGUUUAUGGAGGGGAGAGGUGCCACCGUUCCAGGUAUUCUGACUCUGACCUCUGGCCUCAGCAAGCCCUUCAUGAGACUGGACAAGUAUCCCACAUUGCUGAAAGAACUGGAGAGACACAUGGAGGAGGGUCAUCCAGACAGAACAGAAAUCCAGAAGUGUAUGACAACAUUCAAGAAUCUCUCUGCACAAUGUCAAGAGGUGCGGAAACGCAAGGAGCUCGAGCUCCAGGUCCUGACUGAGACAAUUCGGCUCUGGGAGGGGGAGGACAUCAAGACCCUGGGUUCUGUGUUGUAUAUGAGCCAGGCCAUGGUCCAGAACCUCGGCUGUGAGGAGAGGCACGAACGUUACCUUUUGCUGUUUCCUCAUGUGCUGCUCAUCCUGUCUGCCAGUCCAAGGAUGAGUGGCUUUAUCUACCAGGGCAAACUACCUUUGAGUGGGAUGACAGUGACCCCAUUAGAAGACUGUGAAAGCCAUGAAAAUGCUUUUGAGCUCUCGGGCAACAUGUUUGAGAGGCAUCGGGUGAUCUGCUAUAACAAACAGGAUCUACAGGACUGGAUCGAGCACCUCAACCGACAGACCAAGCACACCACCAUGGCGGCUCCCAGCAUAAAACCACUAACUGUCCCCUGCCACACACUCCCGUCUCACCCUCUGACACCAUCCAGACAUGCAGAAAGCCGGGGCCUAACAGUCGCUCCUGCCUACCAUACCCUCCCACACCCCACUUCUCAUGGGGCCCCUCACAGCACCAUGAUGUGGGGCCCCCUGGAGCCCCCUAAAACCCAUAAACCCUGGAGCCUGAGCUGCCUGCGUCCAGCCCCCCCACUCAGACCCUCAGCUGCUCUCUGCUAUAAAGAGGACCUCAGUAAAAGUCCCAAGACUAUGAAAAAGCUGCUGCCUAAAAGAAAGCCAGAGAGGAAGCCGUCCGAUGAGGAGUUUGCACUGAGGAAGAGUACCGUAGCUCUGGAGGAGGAUGCUCAGAUACUGAAAGUGAUCGAGGCCUACUGCACAAGUGCCAAAACCAGACAGACUCUGAACUCAACAUGGCAAGGCACUGACCUCAUGCAUAACCACGUUUUGGAUCAAUCCAACAUGGAUUCUCUGGGCCACCGUAGCAGUAUCUCAAGGCCAGAGGGCAACUCGGAUCUCUCAGAGGACUCUGACUAUGACAGUAUAUGGACGGCCCACAGUUACAGGAUGGGCUCUGUAUCCCGUAAGAGCUCCUACAUCUCCCACCUGAUAGUUCCUGGAGAGGAGAAGUUCAGUGUCGACGAGUUGAAGAGUAAUGGUCAGACUCUUCUGGAAGAGAAGAGCCUUGUGGAUGUUGUUUAUGCUCUGAGAGAUGAGGUACAAGAACUUAAACAGGACAAUAAAAAAAUGAAGAGAUCCCUGGAAGAAGAACAGAGAGCCCGGAAAGAUCUGGAGAGGAUAGUUCGAAGAAUGCUAAAGAAUAUGAACGACCCAUCUUGGGAUGAGACAAACUUAUGAUAUCAGUGUGGCCAGUUUACAAGUUUUUAUUACACUAGUGGUUCAAAAUGAUUUCAACCAGUUUAACAUUUCACAAAUGUUUUUCUUUCCACAUAUGUUGUGGAUUCAGUUGUAAAUAUGUGUCUGUAGUUACCUUAACUGGCUCAUUUUAAUGUUCAUGUCCUAAAACAUGCUCUUUCAAUGCAUUUACACCAAGCAUGUGCUUUUAAGUUUACAAGUUUGAAAUCUGACAAGCACUAAUUUCGUCCAUGACAGACUUUGCCAUGAGUGUUACCUGUGUCUGUCUUGGAGGAAUGGCAUCACUUUUAUGCUAGUUUGUCUUUUACGUGGUGUUAUACAAGACAGGCAGUACGUCAUUUUUCACAUGCAACUGAUGUAGAAAUUGUGACCAUCUAACUGCUUAACCUGUAUUUCUACAAAUUACCUUUGUAAAAAGGUUCAGUAGGUAAUCUUAAAUACUCUAUUUUACCGUUACAUUUUUUUUUGUUGUUUUUUGAGAUUUUAUUUAGAUAUACUCUGAAUCAAGAUGCUGAAUCUGUGAAUAUUUCAAUGAUGUGAAGUUUUCAUUCCAUUUAAUUGUUUACAAAUGACUAAAAUUGAUACUUAAUAUUAAACUAUAGGUACGUUCGGUAAUAGCAAAGGUCAUACUGUAUGUUAAAUUAGGAACACAACAAUAAGAUCAUAGUAUGUUGGUAUGCUGGGUAUAUAACUUGUUUUAGGUGCCAUUGUAACUCAAGCUGUGACAGGACUUCAUUACUGUGAUACCUUCUUCAUCACUAACUGCCCUUUAUACCUGUAAAUUAACACUUUGUAACUGUGACCAAAGUAAAUGCCAAACCCUUAUUUAUGUCAAUUCUUACUGUAAUGGAAUGUUAUUCUUAUAGCUCUUACAAAACACUAGUAGAAUAACAUCGUCUGAACUCACAGGAUAUUUAUUAUGGAGUGUUCUUUACCUCAGAUCCAUGUUACUGUAAAUUUAUUCUGUAAAUAAAGAGCUCUCUUUGUUA